AAGAAAUCGAGUUAAAUGUCCGUUUAAAUUAAAUGGUGACGUUAUAUGUGUCAUUGGUAUUUGCGAUGUUACUUUUAGUCACUGUUGAUGGCUGUGAAAUCGGAGAAAUUGCAUAAAGACGGCUGUGUCCACGCAAAAUGCCAGAAGAUAGAUUUCUGUCUACAGUAGUUGUCGCUGUAUGCAUGCUGAUGACAUGCGAUGCAAGUGUGUUUCUUUCGGCACCAGCUACUGUACAUUUAGAGCAGAAGAGUUCCAAAAAUGUUACCAUAGUUUCAAGUGCACCACUGAACGUGACCAUAGCCAUAGGCUUUAACAUCACCUAUGCUUCUACGAAUGCCAGUAUUGUUCAACUCCCAGAAGAGGUAGAGUUGCCUGCACAAGCCAAAUCCUGUAAGUUUGAAGUCCAUGCAGACCGUGUUGGCCAGGUGACGGCAUAUUUGUACAGCAACAGCACUGCUGUGUUAAGCCACAAAACCAGGGUCCGUUUCAUGGUCAUCAGGAGCAACGUGCUUGAGAUAAUCAACCAAGUGAUUGGUUGGAUUUACUUUCUUGCCUGGUCCAUCUCCUUCUACCCUCAGUUGUAUGAAAACUGGAGAAGGAAAAGCGUGGUUGGCCUGAACUUUGAUUUCCUGGCCCUCAACCUCACUGGAUUCAUUGCAUACAGUGUCUUCAAUGUGGGCCUCUUCUGGGUGCCCUACUUGAAGGAGGAGUUCUUGAAGGUCAAUCCCAAUGGUGUGAACCCAGUUGAUACCAAUGACGUGUUUUUUAGCCUCCACGCUGUUAUCUUGACGCUACUUUAUGUGUGUCAGUGUGCCGUGUACGAGAGAGGCGAUCAGAAGGUGUCCAAGAUUGCCACUGGCUUACUGGUGAUUGCCUGGACCUUUGCGUUGGUGACCCUUUUCGUUGCUGUGGCCAGUAAGAUCACCUGGCUGGACUAUAUUUAUUAUUUUUCCUACAUCAAGUUAGGGGUCACCCUGGUCAAGUACAUCCCUCAGGCUUACAUGAACUACAAGAGACAAAGUACAGAGGGGUGGAGCAUUGGCAAUGUGCUGCUGGAUUUUACUGGUGGCAGCUUUAGCCUCAUUCAGAUGUUUCUGCAGUCAUACAACAAUGAUGAAUGGAAGCUGAUUUUCGGAGACCCCACGAAGUUUGGAUUAGGUGUAUUCUCCAUAUUGUUUGAUGUGUUGUUUAUGGUUCAACACUACUGUUUGUAUCGACGACCGGGCCCACAAUACCAGCCUGUGGACUCAUAAAUUCUGCUCAUGAGCUUGGACCUAUUCUUAUAAGGACAUAGAAAAUGUGAGAACCAUAUUUUCUACACUCCCUGCUUCCAACGACUAAAAGUGCAAUAUCGUGGAUGAAAGGGAACUUGCUGUUCAUGGAAACAAAUCAUAUUUUUCAUAAAAGACUUUCAGCAAUAUUGUUUUGAUUACAGAGGAUUUUUCAUAGAUAUCUCUAUACUAUUAGGGGUGAAUUUCCGGAAUAUUCUGGAUCAUGUUCAUUAAACGUUUUCUGAAGAUUUUUUUUUUUUUGUUCCAAUGUUAUUGACCAUAUUGUCAGUUAUUCUAUAAACUGUUACACAUUGAA